AUGAGCUCUGCAGACCCCCGUCAAGACGCGAGUGAGCAGGAAAGGGAAACGGAGGAUGAGGGCGGGGGCACCUCGGACACAGUGCCCAUGCUGCCGCGAAGGCCUCCUGACCAGCAGACCUCGGCCCUGACACGCGCACAGUGGCCAGGCCUGGCCACCCGGGGCCUGCGGACCCUGCUGCUGCUGAGCCGGGCUCUGACCUGGCUUCUGCUCCACCUGCUGCUGCCCGGGACAGUCUUUCUGUUGGUGCUGCUGCCUGCGGCGACGGUGGUCUACCUGGGAUUCGUGUGCCAUUCGAGGGUCCACCCGGCUCCGGGACCCCGGUGUCGCGCGCUGCUCUCGGAUGCUGGCUCUGCGGCGCUGAUUGUGUUCGGCUUUCUCUUGCUGCCACCGCUGCUCGUGCUCGCCUCAGCCGCCCGCGCCCACGUGAUGCGGCGCCUCAGCCCACUGCUGCCGCCCUCUGCGCGGACCCCCGAACCCCACCCGGACGGGGAAGAGCAUCUCUGCGCCUGCGUGUGA